AUGAGUUCGCCGGUUAACUAUAAAGGUCUAUGUGCUUACCAGUGUAAUAAGCAAGAUAGAGCAUACAUAUAUGAGGGAAGACAUGGUGGAGAUAUUGUACAUUUCAGUAGUGAUGAUCCGACGAUAGCAAUAGUGACAACUAAUGAUGGAAAAAUAAAACUGAGAAAUGAAUGCUUUACUAGGCAGGGACCUUUUAUUGUAAUGAGACAGGAAAUUCCGGGCAAUGAAACACAUUCAUUAUACGCAUGCAGAAAAGAUGCGAACUAUGAUGCAAACAACGACAUCAGAAUACUUCAUUUUAGUCCCUGGAGAGUACUAUGUAACUACCCAACGAUAUGUGAUGUGUGCAUUGGCGUUGACUUUCAAGCGACACGUGCAUUAAUAGAUGAUUGCGGAAAAGGUUCACCGGUAAACUAUAAAGGUAUGUGUGCUUUCUCGUGUAACAAGCAAGAUAGAUCCUACCUUAGAGAAGGUGAAGAAGGUGGUGAUUUUACACAUUUCAGCAGUGAAGACCCGACGUUAUUGAUAGCGACCAAUAAUGGAACAGUUAAAAGAAUAAAUGAAUGUUAUAUUAGACAAGGACAUUUUCUUGCAGUGAGACAGGAGAUUCCCGGUAAUGACACACAUUCGUUAUAUGCAUGUAGAAAAGAUGCCUUCCAUAAUCCAAGCAACGAUAUUCGAAUCCUUCAUAUGAGUCCUUUCAAAGUGUUUCCAAACAACCCAACAUUAUGUGAUGUGUGCAUUGGCAUUGACCUCCAAGAGACACGGGCAUUAAUAGAUAUAGCAGUCGUUGAAUGUGCAAUUGGUAAGUAA